UAAAUUGACUACGUUUUUUAUAAGCUUUGGUGCUCGGGUUGUAGAGCCUUGCUUGCUGUAUCACGUUUUUUAGCAAAUGCAUGUAACAACGCUCUUACUACAGUACUCGUAUGCAUCGCAGAUCUGCGGUUUGCCGGUAUUUGUGCUUACUCACCAUCAGAUUCAUACGCCGCGCAAUAUUUAGAGCGUGCAGAAUGACUGCAGACUUGCGGAAAGCGCCAUAUUGCUUGACAUGUCGGAGUUGAAAGGUAUGUGGAGAGAAUCGAGCACAACAAACAAUGCCUGUAGCAUAAUGGAAAAGAAAUUCAUAAAGGAGCCGUCGUACGUUAUGUCAGCUUUUCAUUCUCGGAGAGAUUAAGCAACGCAUGACAAGCUGUCAAAUCACGGGACCAGCAAAGUAAAUAAAUUGAUUCCUAACGAACCGACGCCGUGUACGCAAUGCUGGUUUUUAUUGAAAACAGUGCCAAACCGUCCACACCUGACUGAGCAUUAUGCGGGAGAAUUUUUGAUAGCGGGCGGAUCGUGCGCAUCACUAAUUCGCAACACCUUGUCAUAAUGUUUGUGGUUUGUCUGUUUGAUUAAGUCGUAUUAUUGCUGUUGUUUUGUUGAAACCGCAAAUUAUAUCUAUUCAUUCAGCGGUGGCACAUUGGUAUUUCCGGUGUGGAAGAUGUCGGACAAAUCAUCCACAAAUCUGCGUUUUAUGCCGGCGGUCGAUUACAACGACGCACAGGCGCUACUCAUAAACGAAGCCAGUGCAAAUUCCAAAGCCAGCAUGAAUAUCAUCGCGAUAAUUAACUGUUGUGAAUGGCGAAUAGGUUUCCGGAUUUUUUGCGAUGAUAUCGAUACCGGCGAUAAGAUACUGGAUCCCAGUCAAAUGUGUCUGUUCAGUUUCAGUGUCGCAGCACCCGACGAGACACUGGUCUUCUGCCAGACGCUUGGCCUGAAUCGCACUAUGAACUUUGACGCGUGGGGCGGGACGGCGCCACGGGGACUGAAUGUGUGGUCGCUGCUGCCCAGUCUGCAGGACGGACUGGCACUGUGUGGUCUACUGGUCAAGAAGGGAUGGACGCCGGUUGGUUACACGGGUACGAGUAUUGAAGAAGAGGACGAGGAUGACAGUGAUCAGGAUAGCGAUGAAGCUGGCAAUCGCUAUUUCCAUAAGUCCACCGAUCUGAAAAGUCCCGUGCCGGGAUCCUGUACGAGUCCAGCGCAGAAUGGCUUCCCGGAUGCCUUUGUCCCCAACCGCUCUUUUGAUCCCGGAACGCAAAUUUGAAAACAGCUGUGUAUGUCUUUUCCUUUGUAUUUAUUUGUUCUGCAUUCUACUGACAGAAAAAUAUUUAUUUAAAUCUUUUUCGAAUUCAUUGAAACUUGCAGCUGCAGUUCAAAGCGUAUGCAACCUUGUGUUGGU